CGGCCAAUUCUGUCAGGAGAAACCAGUGAUGGAGGAAGCAGUUUAAUUCCAAACUCUCCCAGAGAGCUGAGGCAGAUGUGUUGUGUGUUUGUGCAGGAGGUGUGAUGAGGAGCGAGUGAUGAGCUGCGGUGAGGAAUGUCCGUCUGUCUGCUGCUGGUCCUCUUCACACUGACCUCAAACACUCAGGUGUCUUCUGGGAAGUCUCUGAAGCUGCUGCAGGAACAAUGGAGGACGUACACAAAUGAGUGCAUCCAGAGCUUCAUCAGCACCGCGCCGGCCGCAGGGCCGGUGUGUAACAGGACGUUUGAUCAGUACGUGUGUUGGCCCGAUGGAUCGCCGGGCACCACGGUUAAUGUGUCCUGCCCCUGGUACCUGCCCUGGUACCGGAAAGUUCAUCAGGGGCUGGUUUACCGUGUGUGCGGCGCUGACGGCAGAUGGGCUCAUGGGAAGAACACCAGCGAGUGUGAGCAGGACGACCCAGGACAGAAGCAAUACGGUCAGAUCCUCAGGAAGUUCAGGCUCAUGUACACGAUGGGAUACUCUCUGUCUCUGGCAGCACUGACUCUGGCGCUGGCCAUCCUCCUCACCUUCAGGAAGCUGCACUGCAUGAGGAACAAUAUCCACAUGAAUCUGUUCGGCUCCUUCAUCCUGCGCGCCGUCUCCAUCCUCGUCAAAGACGCGCUGCUGGAUCAGAUGAGCAGCGCUCACCUCCAGGGGCCGCGCUGGGCCGGCGCUCAGAAGGUGAGUGGCUGCCGUGUUGCCAUGGUGAUGAUGCAGUACAGCGUCAUGGCUAACACCUGCUGGCUGCUGGUGGAGGGUCUGUAUCUGCACAGUCUGCUGGUCACCACCGUCUUCUCCGAGAGGAACUACUUCUACAUUUACCUCUGCAUCGGCUGGGGUGCGCCGCUCAUAUUUGUGCUGCCCUGGAUGACAGUCAAGUACCUGUAUGAAAAUGAAGAAUGCUGGGAAAGGAAUAUGAACAUGGGCUACUGGUGGAUCAUCCGUUCUCCCAUCCUGUUUGCGUAUCUGAUUAAUUUCAUCAUAUUCAUUCAUAUAAUAAAGAUUCUGAUGUCCAAGCUGAAGGCGCAUCAGAUGAGAUACACAGACUACAAGUUCAGGCUGGCCAAGUCCACGCUCACGCUGAUUCCUCUGCUGGGAAUUCACGCCAUCCUCUUCACCUUCGUCAUCGAUGAGUCCGUGCCGAAGGAGUCUCUUCUGAGGCUGAUCCGCCUCUUCUACGACCUCCUGUUCAGCUCCUUCCAGGGUCUGCUCGUGGCCAUCCUGUACUGCUUCAUCAACAAAGAGGUCCAGAGCGAGAUGCUGAAGAAGUGGAAAAGGUGGAAACUAGGCAAAGACAUUGAGGAAGAGUACCGUCACACCUACAGCCAGACGGCUCACGCCAAAUGUUGCAGCAUGGUCCCAGCUCUGACCCAGGAAUGCCCUGAAACCCCAGAACCCCAGAACUCUGCCACAGCCUCGGGAGAGUCCCAGCGUCUAGUGAAGAGUCUUCAGAAUGGAGUGAGCCAGAACAAGGGUCGUGUGAGGCUGCAGUUGACCUCCGAGCCACAGGAGGGCACCAGCAACUGCAGCUCUCUGACGGAAGACAUUUGUCUGGUAGAGUGUCCCCUCAACAGUGAGUGCUCAGCGGUGCUGACAGAAACCAACGUUUAAAGGUCCCCUUCUUCGUGAUUCCAUGUUUUAAACUUUAGUUAGUGUGUAAUGUUGUUGUUAGAGUAUAAAUAAUAUCUGUAAAAUUCUAAAGCUCAAAGUUCAAUGCCAAGCGAGAUAUUUGAUUUAACAGAAUUCGCCUACAAAAACGACCCGUUUGGACUACAUCCCUCUAGUUCCUGCAGUAAUGACGUCACUAAAACAGUUUUUUGACUAACCUCCGCCCACAUGAAUUCACAAAAAGGGUCUUGUUGCCCUCCGACGGAGAAUAGGAAGAGCUGCGUUUGUGUUUGUUGCCAUGACGUUGAAACACUGUUAUUUUCAUCUCUGAGUCUAAUCAUCUUUGUUUGGGCUUCCCAGGGACGCUGUACUUGGAGAUUAAUGGUUACAAUUUUUGUUUAACUCGGUUCCCGAGUUAAAUAUGCACAUGUAAAACUAUGUGCAGCGCAUUUUGCUGAGGACAACUUUCUCAAUCUCAAUCAGUUUAAUGCCGGAUUCGCACAAAGAUUAUUCUUGAAAGAUGGAGCAGUUCCCUCUUUGUCUGGAGAAGGUGUUGUUUAUGCACCACAACCGGUAAGUGUAUUUUAUUAUUUAAGUUGGGGCAUUUAACAGUUUCUGUAACUUAUUACACAAAGGGCAACGCUGUUUAGCUUUGUUAACUAGAUGUUAGGGCUGUGCAAAAAAACGAAUGCAAUUUUCAUGUGCAUCUCGUUAGUAAAAACGCUCCUGUGACUAUAAAUACAUCUCCUGCACACUUGCUUCUCAAAACUACUCCAAAACUAGUCCAAUCGCGUUUGCAGGAGGGCAGCGUGCUGUAAGCUGCUGUCGAAUCACAACACAGGAACCGCUGGCCCAAUCAGAACUCAUUACGUAUUUCUGAAGGAGGGACUUUAUAGAACAAGGAAGACAUCAGCCCGUUUUUAUGACAGUGAAAGCAGCGGUACACAGAUAGGUGAAUUGUGUGAAAAAUACUGUUUUUUUACACGCGAAACAUGAACACAUGUUAUAUUGCACACUGUAAACACAAUCAAAGCUUCAAAAAAGCGCGUACAAUGGGACCUUUAACACUAAUGAUUCAAUGGAGAUGAUGUUAUAUUCCAGAUAUGAUCUUCAUGUAAGCAAACAGGCUUCUAUCACGAGAAAGCAUGAAUAUGUGGAUCUAGUGACCUUUAAAAACAAAUCACAAUUAUCUCCUGAGUUGGUAAAAAUCUAACAGUAUUAAUUAUUGGUGCCUUCUGAAGGUGAAGUCACAUUUACUACUGCUCAGCAAAAUUUUGCAGAUAAAAUCAGCAGUGCUGGUGAAGGUUACUUUUUAAAGUAAUACAUCACAGUAUUUUGUUGCUCCCUAAAACAGAAACUAAUGGUGUUACUUUUACGUUUUAUGGAAAGUAAUGUGUUACGUUACUUAUGCAUUACUUUUUCUCAUCUGGGCUGGGAUUGCUUGAUUGUUUUGAAUGAAAAAAAAAUGAAAAAAAUGGCAAAUGAUAGUGGAUUAGUUUACUUUCAGAUUAAAAUUUCCUGAUAAUUUACUAACCCUCAUGUCAUCCAAGAUGUUUACGUCUUUA